AUGGUUUCCACAUUCACAGCGCAGCAACCUGUGUGCUUUGAAAACACCAGAUCGACAUCAGCUUAUUUGACCUUCACCAGCCAGGUUAACCGUAGCUCAGGGGAAAGCAGCCGGGGCUGGCGGCAGCUCGGCCCUCUGCCCGGAGGGAGUCGGGGCUCACACGGUCGCUUGGCCUCAAGCUUUGCGGGCAGCGGUGAACAAGGGCGGGCAGCUGCCAGACCGCGCUGGAGCGUCCGGAGUCCCCUUUUUGUCCAGUUUUGGGAGGGGAAGGGGGCAGCCGGGAGGCAGCGCUCCCCACCGCGGUGGGGCUGGCAGUCCGGCUGGGCGUUCGCAUCCGAAAUUACUCACUUCGGUUUAGAAACCAAACCCGAGACCUCCCGGGCACAGCGGCUGCGACGGUCGACGCUGAAGAAGAAGCUGACGGAACUGCAUAGUCAGAGUGAGAGAGCUGCUCGAGCAAUGAGCACUGUGAAAACAAACCAAAGCCAAGCUGCUGAGGCAGCUUCCAGAAAGAAAGAUUUGAUCAGAAGUGAGUUUUCAGAAAUUAAAGCUUUAAUUGAAGAAAGAGAAAAUCAGACCUUAAAAGUAAUUGCAGAUGAAGAAAAAAGAGUUUGCAAUAAGUUUGAUUAUAUUUACGGUGUUCUGGGAAGUAAGAAGAAUGAAAUUCAGUCUCUCAGAGAUCAGAUUGAGAUGGCACUGACUGAAGAUGAUGACAUUCUGUUUUUGAAGAGAGCAGCAGCCCUGCAACGAAUGUCAACAAAAGACGCUUUCGUCCCUGUAAUUGAAAUGGACCAGAACUUGAUACAUUCCACUUACCAGUCUGCCAUUAACCUUAAAGAUACUGUGAAACUUGCAGUGACUCUGUAUAGGGAGAAAAAAGCAGAAGCAAAACUACCACCUGGGAAAACUAAGCCCCCUCCAGCAGCUUCUCUAAAUAAAAUCUCUGUUGGGAAAAAGCCUCUGGGACCACAGCAUAUCCACAAAGAGAAAAACCUUCACCAGACUCAAGCCACUUUGCAGGUGGAGGCAGAUACCAAGGAGAAAAAGAAACCCGUUAAAGUUGCACCAGCCACGGGGACACUAAAUGCUGCAGCUGCCGUUUCAACUAAAGAGCUUAUUGACAGCUUUCUGAAGAAACCCAGAGAGGAGCUUUUGCAGUAUGCUGCUAACAUCACGCUGGAUUACAACACAGCUCAUAACAAAGUGAUUCUGUCUGAGAGGUAUACCAGGAUGUCUGUCUCAGACACGCCUCUGAAUUAUAACUACCACCCUCAGCGCUUCACUGAUUGUUCCCAAGUGCUGGGGUUCCAAUGCUUCAAGAGAGGCAUCCACUACUGGGAAGUGGAACUGCAACAGAACAACUUCUGCGGCGUUGGCAUCUGCUACGGCAGCAUGGACCGGCAGGGGCCAGAGAGCCGCCUGGGGAGGAACAGCAGUUCUUGGUGUAUUGAGUGGUUUAAUUCCAAAAUAUCAUGCUGGCAUAAUGAUGUUGAAAAGUGCUUACCCAAUGUGAAGACUACCAAGGUUGGUGUGCUGCUCCACUGCGAGGGAGGGUUUGUGAUGUUCAUGGCUGUUGGGGAGAAGCAUAACUUGAUCUAUAAAUUCAAAACCCAGUUUACUGAAGCCUUGUACCCUGCCUUCUGGUUAUUUUCCAGUGGCACUGUUCUCUCUCUCUGCCAAGUGAAACAGUAAGGUCUUGUAUCUUAAUUUAGUUCGCCUAAGUACUCACAUGUAGAUAAUCAGUCCUGCAGCAACUCUUUGUAUGUGUUAGUCUAAGAAGUCUCGAAGAUCAUUUGUUUGAGAUGAAAAUUACUAGCUCUUUUAAGCAGUUUGGGAAAUCUGCUGAUUUUUUUUUUUUUGGUCAGAAUUGCUAAAGCCUUUAGAUAGUGAUUUAGUAAAAUGUUGAUGAAUGAUACUAAAAACUACAAUGAAAGGUUUUGCAAAGACCUUGAUUGUCCUUCUGAAAACGAAGUUACAAUAUGAACCGUUGUUAAAUGUCUUCAGUAGCUGCUGUGGCUUCUGUGGUUUGCUGUAAAGGAUCCCCAGAAUUAACUUUCAGGUCUAAAUGUGCUUCACAAGUAGCACUAACCCCUUUGAGAAAGAAACAGGAAGAAUUCCUUGGAAAAUUAAGGUUCCAGGCUUUGAGGUAGGUCUCAGUGUUGCCUUUUCCUCUAUAUGCAGACUGUUGUCCAUAGUCAGGACUUGCAAUACACGUGUUCCCAGUGUAUGACUCCAUGAGAUGGUACAGAAUGAACUAUUAAACUCCGUAAGUUCAGGUCUUGUGAUACCAACUUAUAAAAGUCAAUAUGACAAAUCUCAUCAGAAUAGAAAUGCAGAGACUUUCAGAGUUGAUGGAUAAGAAAUGGUGUCAGAAUCACCAGGAAAUAAAUGACAUUGACUCAGAGACUAGGAAUAUGCCAGAGAGUCUUCAGGAAGACAUCCUGCAGAGCAGUGGCGUGCGCCCUGUAAUAAUAUAGUUUGUGGGAUGAACCAUUCUGUCUCAUGUUCUGACCCAGAACAUGUUUCACAUCUUCACACUGAAGGCUCUUCAAUGGUGGACUUUUUUGUGUGUGUGCUGAGGAGUUCAGGGAGUGCAUUUUUGGCUUGCAUAGGGAGCAUAAAUGUGCUGUCCACUUAAAGCAGGGUCUGCUGUCAUAAAGCUUUUCCUCUUUGUGAGGCGGGAUAUUCUCUGCUGGUGUAUCUUUAGUUGUUCAGGUGGUAGAAACUGGAUUUCCUACAUGUUAUUUGGACUCUGAUUUGAGGAGUCUCAAGACGCUGUGGACAGUACAUAGAAAAUGCCACUUCCUCUCUGCAUGAAGCUUGCAGGCAGACAGGUGAGUCUUUUGAAACAUACAGGGAACUAGCAUAAAGGAGAAUAUACUUCCAUUCCCACUGGGAUGGAUUUUUUAAUUCUCCUGGUGUUCUUUGCUUUGGGUUGUGGUAUGUCUUCAGAAGUCCUCGCCACGUACAGAAGAAUCCAUACUUCUGCAUUUCUUACAACUUCAAAACAAUCAGUAGGCAAUCAAGGUAUUUGGAUCUCAUACUUAUUGGGCCUGUAUCUUGUUGAUGCCUCUGGACUUACCAUGCUAGCUCUGACUUCUUGAGGUAGCCCAUGAAGAACAGGGAAGCUCACACGAGAGACUUCCUGGACUUUGAUUUGUCAAAUUCCCCCUUACGGGACUUGGUGAAAUAAACCACAAAGUUACUACUGGCAGUUUAGAAGGAAAUGGUCAGAAGGCUCAAAGGAACCUCUGUGACUACACUUCAUGUUAGCCAAAGUGCUUUAGAGAGAGACUUGCGGGAAUUCAGGCUUGGUGUCUCUAUUGUUACUUCGUUUGUAAACUCUCAGUACUUUGUCAAGGAUAGCAUAAGCCUGAUAAGACUCUUCCAUGUCUUUGGCCAGAAUAGGAUAUGGAGCCGAUGGCGGACCUAGAAGUGCCAUGGCUGUCUUUGGAGUAGCUGUAUUUCCUCAAGGGUCUCAGCUUUCCAAAGCACAGUCAGCACUAAAACUACCAAACUAAGCAAAACAUUUCAAAAGGUGUGGAAGGAGGAUGUGUCCUGCUAGGAGCCAACAAUA